UUUUAUCAACUGUCAAAAGUCUGAGGUUUAGGUAAUUGGUUAGAAUGCAGAAAUGUCUCUUAAAAUAUCCGAUUUAUUAAAUUUAUUAGUAGCAUAUUUAGUCACAUUUACAUCGACAUGUUAUGCCAAUGAUAUAUUAGGAUGUGGUGGUUUUGUGAAAAGCCAUGCAAGCUUGGAUUUUUCCAAAAUAGAGAUCGGCUUGUACACGAAGGAAGGUAGCUUAAAAGAGAGAACUGAAUGCGCCCCUACUAAUGGAUAUUAUUUCUUGCCAUUAUAUGAAAAGGGCGAGUAUAUACUAAAGGUGCACCCUCCUGCUGGGUGGAGUUUCGAGCCUUCACAAGUAGAACUCCUUAUAGAUGGUGAAACAGACCAGUGUUCUACUGGUCAGGAUAUAAAUUUCUCAUUUAAUGGUUUCGGUAUAACUGGAAGAGUGAUCACCGCAGGACAGAAACAAGGGCCUAGUGGUAUUGAUAUCCAACUUGUAAAUGAGAAAGGAGAUGUUAGGAACACAGUAACAACGACUAGUGGUGAUUUUGAUUUCACUCCAGUUAUACCUGGAAAAUAUGUAGUAAAAGCAACACAUUCUAAAUGGAAAAUUGAGCCUUCUCAGACUGUAGUGCAAGUGAAGGAAGGAAAUACGGCUUUGCCUGUUGGAUCUUUGAUUGUGAAAGGUUAUGAUGUCUCAGGAUCUGUCAUAUCUUUCGGCAGCCCUAUCAGUGGAAUCUAUGUUCUUCUAUAUUCAAAAGAUGAAAAUCAAAAAUUCCGAGUGGAAGGUUGUAAGACUGCCCUUCUGCAAGGAGUUCCAGAUGCUCCGAUUUGUUACUCAGUAACAGAUGCAGCCGGAGAAUUCCAAUUUGGUCUGGUACCGGCUGGGGAGUACAAGUUGCUAGCUAUGACCAGCUCACCCGGUCAACCUCUUGUCACAUACAAUAUUAAGCCUGAUGUGGUGCCUUUUGCUGUGCUUCAUGACAGUUUAUACAUCAAGAAUGCUUUUGAAGUGACGGCAUUCAGUGUGCGCGGGCGUGCGCUGCGCGGUGCGGACGGCGCGGGCGUGGCGGGCGCGCGGGUGCUGCGCGGGGGGCGCGCCGUGGCCACCUGCGACUCGGACGGCAGGUUCACUCUCACCGGACUCAAGCCUGCCACCUACACUCUCACCUUCCAGCAUGAGGAGUGCGAGUGGGACGAGGUGCAGCUGGUGGUGACGAGCGGUGGGCCGAGCGCGGCGCUGGAGGCGGUGGCGGCGCGCUGGCGCGUGUGCGGGCAGCUCACGCCGCCCGAGCCGCGUACGCUGCAGCUGCGGCCCGACCUGCGCGUGCAGGCUGGUGACGAUGGUAAAUGGUGUGCCUUUGUACCAUCCGGCGAGUACACGGUGAAGGUCGAAGUGACCGAGCAGGAACAGAGGGAGGGCUUACAGUUCUUCCCCGAGUGGCAGACGGUGCGCGUGCGCGGCGCGGCGGUGGGCGGCGUGGCGUUCGGCCAGGUGCGCGCCACGGUGCGCGGCCGCGUCCACUGCGGCGCGCACUGCGCCGGCCUGGCCGUGGCGCUGCGCCCGCUCAAGCCCGACGGCGGCUACGCGGGCCCCCCGCGCUACGCGCCCGUCGUCGACGGCGAGUACAGCUUCGAGGAGGUGGUGCCGGGCGGCGUGGAGCUGUCGGUGGAGGCGACGCGGCUGUGCUGGGAGCAGGCGGCGCACAACGCGGCCGUCACGCAGCGCCUGCACUCGGCGCCGGCCUUCCGCCUGCGCGGCCUGGCGCUGCUCGUGUGGGCGUCGCACGCGCUGCAGCUGCACUACGAGAGCGCGGACGGCGCCGAGCGCGGCGAGCUGGCCGUGCCGGCGGGCGACAGCCGCCAGUGCCUGCCGCCGGCGGAGCGCUACACGCUGAGCGCGCGGGGCUGCCACCGCGUGCAGCCCGCCAGCGCGCCCGUGCGGCUGGGCGGGCCGGACGCGCCGCGGGUGCGCUUCGUGGCCACGGCGCACGCGGCCGUCGUCGAUAUCGUCUCCCCGGAGCCGGCGACGGACGUGGUCCUCCAGAUCGUCCAGGACGGACGACCGCCCGAGGAGGUGCCCCUCCAGCCGGUCCCGCGGGAUGGAGUGUACGUGUACGAGCACACCAUGUAUUUGGAGGAGGGCGCGACGGCGGAGGUGUGGGCGCGCUCGGCGUCGCUGCUGUUCAGCCCGCGCGGCGCCGUGCGCGUGUCGGGCGGCGCGGACUGCGCGCGCGUGCUGUCGCUGCGGGCGGCGCGCGCGCUCGUGCUGGCCGGCCGCCUGCAGCCCUCCGUGUCCGGCGUGCUGGUCACCCUGGAGGGCGGUGAUGUCAGACUGACGCAGACGACGGAAGCCGACGGCAAAUACAGCUUCGGUCCGCUAGACGCGGACAUCCAGUACACGGUGCGGGCGGAGAAGGAGUCCUACGCCUUCGACGAGCCCGACGAGAACGGAGUCAUCGUCGCACACAAGCUGGCGGAGAUCGCCGUGGUGCUGCGGGACCGAGCAGACCACGCGCCGCUCGAGGGCGCGCUGGUGUCGGUGUCGGGCGGCGCGUUCCGGCGCAACGUGGCGUCGGGCGCGGCCGGCGCGCUGCGCUUCGCGGCGCUGUCGCCGGCGCAGUACUACGUCAAGCCGCACAUGAAGGAGUACCGCUUCGAGCCGCCGCACGCCAUCGUCGCCGUGGAGGACGGCCAGGAGCACCGCGUCGUGUUCGAGGGCGUCCGCGUGGCGUGGUCGCUGCUGGGCCGCGUGGUGUCGCUGGGCGGCGCGGGCGCGGCGCGCGUGGCGCUGCGAGCGCGGCCCGCCUCGUCGCCCGCGCGCCCGCACUGCGCGCAGCAGGACGCCUCCGCCUCCGACACGGGACACUUCAGAAUACGAGGUCUAUUGCCGGGUUGCGUGUACGUGGUGGAGCUGAAGGAGUCGGCGGAGCCCGAAUUGUCCGGCAUCGUGCUCGCGAGACAGCCGCCUCCGUUUGAAGUCAAAGAAAAGGAUAUAGAAAACGUCCGACUUAUAGUUGUCCAACCCAAUCACUUAACAGAUGCGAAUGUCUUAAUUCGGACUCCCAACAUAGACCACUACAAGACCCUCAGACUGACCCUCGCCUUGGAGUCGACCCCACACAAUCCGAUAUACUCGACGAAGCUCGACCCACUAGGCUAUAAUCAGUUCAACAAUCCCGGACUGAUGUACACAAUGCCUAGGUUGCCGGCGGACAAUAAGACUUAUGUCGUCCAGAUAGAGUCAUCAUUGUCGAAAGUCAGUCAUUCGUACGAGGAGCCGGCGUUCUAUUUUAAUUCAGACGGGAAGUUUAAAACUUUCGAUAUCGACUUCGAGCCGAAGCUGCGCUCGUCGGAGCAGGAGCUGCGGCACAGCCCGCUGGCGCUGCUGGCGCUGCUGUCGCUGGGCGCGCUGUACUCGCAGCGCGCGCGCCUCGCCGCCCUGCGCCCGCUCGCCGCGCGCCCGCGCCGCGCGCCCCGCGACCGCUCCUAGCCGCUCCUAGCCGCGCCACGCACUCUUACUGUUGGAGCAUACCAGACCAUUUGCAUUUUAUUCUAUUUCUAACCUCUAAUAUCCCACUACAAGAAUGUGUUUUAAUGUUGAUCUGUGUGUCUCGAUAGAUCACCUCCUGGGCCCGACCAUAUGGCUUGGAUGGAACAGGCCUGUUUUGGUCUGUCAGUAAAUUCUUCUCAUAAACUACAAAUCGAUUUAAAUUAUUUUAAAAACUAUAGCCACUCGUUUCGACAUGUUCAGUCAUCGAGUGUUCCACGUGUUAUGUUCAGUGUUUUUGUCCAUUAAAAUAAGUAAUUUGAGAAAUGUUUUGAUAGGACUAAUCGUGGACUUAAUCGAAACAUUCCAUUAUGGAAUUUAUUUUAAAGAUAUCAAAACGGUAUUAAUAUUUAUUAAUAUAAUUAAACCAAAUGGUAGGAACAAAUUAUUUAAAUUGAAACGAAUUAUUCCAUGAGUUAUAAGAAUGUAUUAAUUUAUAAAGGUUGUUUUUUAUCUAUAUAAUUUAUGUGUUGUGUGGUAAUGAGUAUUUUCUAG